GAGGCGCGGGGUGGCCGAGAUGGGGAGGCCCCGAGGGCAUCUAGUAGGUGGGGACCCUGAGGGAAAGACGCAGCCCGGGCUCAGCUGCAGCUGAGCGGUGGGGACAGGAAUGGACAGGUGGGGACGUCCUGGAGGCCACAGGGCUAGGGGGGUGAGGUAGGAGACACCCCUGCUCGGACAUUGGUUCCCACGUGGGGAACGGGAGGGCGAUGCCUGCAGAGGGAGAGCCAGGAGGAAGGGCAGGGUGGAGCAGGACUUGGUAAGCCCGGUUGGAGUGGCCCGGAGCAGAUGGAGGGAGGCUGGAGAUCUGGGCUGGAGUGCGUUCUUAUUUUAUAGAGCGCUGCCGCUCCAGAUGCUGCUGCUGCCGCCGCGGCCACCCCACGCUCGGUCCUCCUCUCCGGAGGUCAUGGACCCACCGCCCCCCAAGGCUCCCCCAUUCCCCAAGGCGGAAGGCCCCUCAUCCACGCCUUCCUCGGCGGCGGGGCCCAGGCCCCCGCGGCUGGGCCGCCACCUGCUCAUCGACGCCAACGGGGUCCCCUACAUGUACACGGUGCAGCUGGAGGAGGAGCCCCGGGGACCGCCCCAGCGCGAGGCGCCCCCUGGAGAGCCCGGCCCCCGUAAGGGCUACAGCUGCCCGGAGUGCGCCCGUGUCUUUGCCAGCCCGCUUCGGCUGCAAAGCCACCGUGUGUCGCACUCGGACCUCAAGCCCUUUACCUGCGGCGCCUGCGGCAAGGCCUUCAAGCGCUCCAGCCACCUGUCGCGGCACCGGGCCACGCACCGCGCCCGCGCGGGCACUCCGCACGCCUGCCCGCUCUGCCCGCGCCGCUUCCAGGACGCCGCGGAGCUGGCGCAGCACGUGCGCCUGCACUGAGCCCGAACCUGCGCCGCCCUGCCCUCUCUGGGCCACCACGUCUGACCCACACAGCGCGACUCCCACAUACACUCCCCGGUUCUGCCGAGGUUACUGCUUUACCCUGUGCCUCGGUUUCCCCGUGUACCCAAAGGAAAAAACAGCAUUCCUUCCUCCCCCUCCCCCUAGCUGUGUGAUGUAGACCAAAGUUGUUGCCCCUCCCUGGGCCUGGGAGCCAGUAGGAGUUGGGCUCCUGUCUGGCUGUGCUUUGUGAGCCUUUGCAAACGACGCGAUCUCUCUGAGCCUUGUUUUUCCGGCUCUCUCAAGUGGUGAAUGGUUGUUGUCUGCAUAGAAGGCAGAGAAAAGAGCACCGGCACGGUCUGAUUCGUCUCAGUACCUCCCCCUUCUGCCCAUGACCCCCCCUCCCCAAUUCGUUGCUCAAUAAACAUUCCUCACUCCA